UGUGGAAUUUCCGAGCCAGCCAUGAAGGCAGCAUUUUCCCCGCAUCAACCUGCCCGGCGUCAGUUCAGUUUACCCGCACACACACACACACACACACACAGACACGGACACACGCACAGGUGAGCGUCCACGCAUCCUUUUAGGUCAAAUACCGAAAAGUCCAGACGACAAACUAAACGGAAUAUUUCCCGGGGGACUCCUAAAACACACAAAAACCACACAAAGGUGUGUGUGUGUGUGCGCUAACGGUCGGACCGUUGACAUGUUGGACAUGUUGGACAUGUUGGACAUGUUGGACAUGUUGGACAGGUGCACCGCCUCGUCGUGAUCCGGUGAUCCGUGUUUGUGCUCCUACAUUACAGGAAUCCAGAAAAGCUCCAGCUCACCCCUCUGACCUCACCGUCUGUAUACCGACAUGGCCUCAGGCCGGUCAGAGCAGUCCAGCGUCCUGCAGGAGGAGCUCACCUGCCCGGUGUGCCUGGACUUGUACCGCGACCCCUUCCUGCUUCCUUGCGGCCACAACUUCUGCAAAACCUGCCUAGACCGCCUAAAGCGCCAAGCGGACCGAGGUCGCUUCCGCUGCCCGGAGUGCCGCGACAGCCACCGAUGUGGCACCAACUUUCAGAAAAACUUCAAACUUGCCAAUAUUUCCGAUGACUACCGCCACCGACGCAGAGUUACCGCCGCAUCUGCCACAGCUUUGAAAUCCAGAGAACUGCCGUCGUCUUCGCUGUCGCCGCAGCAAGCCAAGAGCACGUUUGCCGUUCCGUGCGACUACUGCCCCUCAGUCGCCGCCGAGGCAUCGUGCAGCAGCGCCGCCGGGGACGAGUCCUGUGCUGCUUCUGUUUCUCAGGAAGAUGGCGACAAUUCGCGGGAAGCUCCUGCUGCCGCCGCCGCUGCCUCCACUGCAUCGACGUUUGCAGUCAAGACGUGCCUGAAGUGUGAGGUGUCGAUGUGCCAGGUGCAUGUAAAGCCACAUCUGGAACUGCCGGCGUUUCGUGAGCAUCCACUGACGGAACCGAUGAACGACUUCUGGAAGAGGAAGUGCCCAGAUCAUGAUGAGAUAUACAGAUAUUACUGCAUGGAUGACAAAGUGUGCGUGUGCAACGCCUGCACCAUAGAGGGAGGACACCUGGGACACAAAAUCAAGACCCUGAAAAACACGAUGAAAGAUCUCAAGGGCUCGCUGGACAAGCAGCUGUACAGGGUGGAAAGGAAGUACAGCAUGGCCGAGAGGAAACUGCAGGAGCAGAAGGAGAAGGAGAGGCAGAACAAGAAGUUUUUGGACGACUCCGAGCAAGUCUUGACCAGGCUUGGCGAGGACAUGAAGGCCAAAGUUCUCCGCUUCGUCGGCAGACUGCACGAGUCCACGCGCACUCACUGCGACACCAACGGGCCGGCGAUCCAGAAGAACAUCUCCAGGAUCUGCCAGGACCAGGCCCGCCUCCAGGAGGUCCGCUGCGGCCUCGAGAGCCUCCUGCAGGAGAACGACCCUUUCCGCUUCAUCGAGGCAUACAGGACAACAGGAAAACAGUGCCGCAGGCAGCUCAGAAAAAACAUGUUCUACCCGGAGUAUGUCGACAUGGAGACGGAGGUUCUCGGAGUGAUGAUGGAGGCAGAGCUGAAGAAAUUCCUCGAUGAAGAGCUGCCCUGUCACGUUAUCGCUGCCAUCAGCAGUCUGUGUCAUCUGUCAGAUCUGGAGGAGGAGGAGGAGGAACAGGAGGAGAUCGAGGAAGAGGUGGCGGAGGAGGACGACGACUACGACGACGACAGCAGCUUGGAGGAAAUGAGGAGCGAGGGGGAAGAGGAAGAAGACGAGGAGGAAGACGACGACGACGACGACGUGCCCGACCAGAGCGAGCUGGCCGACGAUCUUUACACCCCCGAGGAGGAAGAGGAAGAGGAGGAGGAGGGCGACGACGAAGACGACGACGACGACGGAGAAGACGACGACGACGAGGAAGAGAGAGGGGUUUAACGGAGGACUCGAUUUGUAUACAUCUAUUCUUACACUUAUUAAAGCACUUUGGAUUUGAACAGCGAUCGAGUGCGACACGUCUUUGUGUUGCGACUCGAGGAGUUACCACAUUCUGCCUCAACCCCCAUUAACUAAAACUUAACUGAGCACUGAGAAUCUGCCAAUGUGAAUCGUCUUGCUUAACCUGCGUUGCAUUAAGGUGCUUUGUAUUAGACGACGACUACUGCAUACGUACAUGCACACGAAGGUGAAUGUAUCGCAAUGGGAUUUGGCUGGAAGGACUCGGCAAACUGAAUUAGAUUUUUUGUUUUUUAAUCCUCUGCAUGUCUGCGAUGCCAUUUUUCCUUUGCUACCACUUUGCUAAAGAUUUUACAAAACAUGUAAACGACGUUGACGAAUUUGACGUAACUUCACCUGAACUUUUGAUACAACAGGUGCUAAACUAAACGAAGACAGUUUUUCAACAGAUGAGAAAACACACCAUAGAAAGCCUUUUGGUCAGCAUCUUUAUGAAGUUUUUGGCAACAUAUUUCGACCUGACAGAGCGAACGCACAAAGGCUGGUAACGAUCUACUUGAACGAGUCCGAUUGUCGUGAUUGUUUCAUUCAUGCUCGAGUUUAAAACAUUGCAAGCCAAAGAAGUAAGGAUGUGCGCGUGCAUGGGAGCUUCAAUAAGUCUGUCUGCUUGGCAUGCGAUGUGUUUAAUAAUUUAACAGUUUACAUAGGCUACAGGAUGACUUUGCUUUUUCGUAGCUGUGCUUUGAAAGUAGUUAAUGCAUUGUUUUAAAAAAAAAA